ACAGCGACAAGGAAUAUAGUUAAGCAAACAAAGAGGUUUGUUUUUAUUUUUGUACUUAAUUUUAAUUUUCGUAGUAUAAGUUAAUUGAGCGUAUUUCGAAAAAAAAGAAGAGUUAGAUUUAAUAUAAAUGUAAAUAAAAAAACUCUUCACACAUGAUACAUUAAAUGGCAACAGCGGAGUUGCUUCAACUGCUACCGGUUGCCAGCUGUCAAAAAAACGAUAAUAGCAAAAUAAAAACAAUUCCCAGACAUGCUGAAGCACAAAUAAAUUACAAUGAUUUCUACUGGAAUUACAUGGAUGCAAACUGUCCGGUGGUGUUAACUGGUGUUUCAGAAAAUUGGGAAUGCCGAAAAAAAUGGACCUUUAGUUCGAACAAGAAUAGCGCUCCGACAAGUAACGAAAACAACACCACAUAUACUGCUAUAAAUUUUGACUACCUCAAAGAUAAACUUUCUGACUGCCGUGUUCCAGUAGCUGACUGUUCCAGAGAAUACUUUAAUAGUCAUGUCAAAAAAGAAAUGCAAUUUUGUGAAUUUCUCGAUUAUUGGCAGGCCCAAGUCAAUGCAUACUCUUCAACUGUAAACAAAAUUAAUGACAACCCCUCCAAUUUAAAAACCACCGAUAAUCUCUACCUCAAAGAUUGGCACUUAAAAGCCCAGCUGGCAGACUACAACUUUUAUACAGUUCCUAAACACUUUGCAUCUGAUUGGUUAAACGAAUAUCUAAUAAUAAAUGGAAAAGAUGAUUACCGAUUUGUGUACAUGGGACCGAAAGGUUCAUGGACUCCCUUUCAUGCUGACGUCUUUGGUUCGUAUAGUUGGUCGACGAAUAUAGCUGGCUGUAAAAAAUGGUUAAUGUUACCGCCAAAUGAAGAACUGAAACUUGCUGAUCGGUUUGGAAAUUUGCCCUUUUGCAUUGAUGAGCAAAUACUAAAAGAAAAUAAUGUAGUUUUCUACACAGUAAUGCAGGAAGAAAACGAAGCAUUAUUUGUGCCAAGCGGUUGGUAUCAUCAGGUUUGCAACCUUACCGAUACUAUCUCAAUCAAUCAUAACUGGUUUAACGCUUGUAAUGUGCAACGCAUUUGGCGUAAUUUAACAACAAAUAUGAAGCAAGUCAUACAAGAAAUUGCGGAUUGUCGACAAAUGGACAAUUUUGACGAACACUGCCAAACAAUGUUGCGUGCCAGUUUUGGUAUCAACUACCUCGAUUUUUUAGAUAUAAUAGAAUUCAUUGCUGAACGUCGAUUGAGCUCGAACUCAAAUGGUAAUAAUUGCAAUGUUGCGACUGAAAAGUCUUCCAAUUUUGUAAUUUUUGAUACAUUUACACUAAAUGAAUUUCAUAUCCGAAACGAUCUGGAAUGCUUAUGGAAACUUCUUGAGAUUAUGAUACAAGACAAAGUCAUAUGUGACAGUCGCAAUUUAUUAUAUCGUAGAUGUUUAAGACUAUUGGAACUAAUGAAGGGAUUUUAAAAACUUUAUAUGUAUUUUAAAUUUAAUAUUUUUGCGAAAUGUUUGUGAAAUGAAAAGCUAUACCAAAUAUUAAUGAUAUAAACCGUUUUAUCAAAUAAACACGAAGUGCUAUU